GGAGCCAGUGCUGCGACCAGCCGCCCGGAGCCGCCGCGGCCGCGGGACAGAGCCGAGGGCCUGGCCGGUGACAGCGCGCGCAGGGGUCCACCCUCCUGCCCCACCCGCACUCACCCACCGCUGCCUGCCAGGAAAGCGAGCGCCUCCAAAGCACAGGCCCACACGGCCCGGCCGCUCCCGCCGGCUCCGGGAACCGAGAACAGUACCGGGGGCAAAAGCAGCCCGGAAGUAUUUGUUCCGGAAGUGACGCACGAAGGCGGGCCCUGAGGAAGGCUGGAUCGCGGCUGCGCGCUGGGCCCAGGCGUGAGCGGCGGAAGCCUGUGGCGAGCUGGUGUACGCGAGGAACGGAGAGGCGGCGGCAGUAGGCGGAGGGCAAGCGCUUCUCCGUAGAACCGGACCUCACUCCUAGGGACCGCGGGGAGGCACGAGCGGAACCCGGAAGCAAAUUAACUGGAAGUGACGCGCGGAGCUUCACCGACGCUGGCUGGCCGGGUUGUCAUGGAAACAGGUUGCUGAGCGAGCGGGGAGAUUGGUUUUUGUUUUCUUGGGGUUUUUUUUCACCUCAUCAACUUCCCCUUGGUCAGGACAGUGCUGGAGAGCCCGGACUGACAGGAAGACCUGCGAUCCCAUUUCAAUGAAGGAACGACGGAGGUCAUGCGAGACUGGAGAGGGCCUUGGGUGUUACUGCUGGCUAUGGAGGUGUUUUGCCUGCAUAUACUCUGUACAGCACAUCUGUGACCAGUGCCCACUGAGGACAGAAGAGGGGGUCAGGUCCCUUAAAGCUGGAGUUAAAGUUGAUUGGGAGCUGCCUAAUGUGGGUGCUAGGAGCCCAACUCAGGUCGUCUAGAAGAGCACGCGACGCUCCUCAGCGGCAAGAUGGCGGCGGCGCAGCCGGAGUCCCGAGAUGGAGCCGCGCAGUCGGCGAAGCCGGCGUCCGAGACGGACCCCCUCAGCCGCUUUACGUGUCCCGUGUGCCUGGAAGUAUUCGAGAAGCCGGUGCAGGUGCCCUGCGGACACGUCUUUUGCUCUGCAUGCCUGCAGGAAUGUCUGAAGCCGAAGAAACCUGUCUGUGGGGUGUGUCGCAGCGCUCUGGCACCUGGCGUCCGAGCUGUGGAGCUCGAGCGGCAGAUCGAGAGCAUAGAGACUUCUUGCCAUGGCUGCCGUAAGAAUUUCAUCCUAUCUAAGAUCCGGGCCCAUGUGACGUCAUGUUCCAAAUACCAGAAUUACAUCAUGGAAGGUGUAAAGGCCACCACCAAGGAUGCAUCCCUUCAGCCGAGAAACAUCCCAAACCGAUACACCUUUCCUUGUCCUUACUGUCCCGAGAAGAACUUUGAUCAGGAAGGACUCGUGGAGCACUGCAAACUCACUCACAGCACCGAUACCAAGUCUGUGGUUUGUCCCAUCUGUGCCUCGAUGCCCUGGGGAGACCCCAGCUACCGCAGUGCCAACUUCAUGGAGCAUAUCCAACGCCGUCACCGCUUUUCCUACGACACUUUUGUGGAUUACGAUGUUGAUGAAGAUGACAUGAUAAACCAGGUGUUGCAGCGCUCCAUCAUUGACCAAUGAAUCGGGUCCUGGCUGUCCACCUCACUCUAGAGCUUCCAUUGUGCAUUAGGUGUGAGCCCUUGACUCUUGCACCUCACAUGUAAUGCAGAUCUGGAAUUGAGCCAUGGCACCAGACAGGGUCACUUCUUCAAGGGUGAUGGGGCCCUAGGGCAGAGAGAGCCCUGUUUCCUCUGGGCUCUUGCCAGCAUUGUCUUCCCCACUGGUGACCUUGUUUGUCCCAUGGUCUGCUUUCACCACACCUCAGCUACUGCCUGCUUUAAGAAGAGCCCAGCUUCUUCUCCUACAGGAUCUUAAUCGCAUUCAUCCUGUUGCCCAGUGUUCAUCUCUCAGGUCCUUCUAGCCAGCCAGGACCUUCCCUGGGCUGUGAAUAGCACAAUAAAGCAGGGACUCCUUUCCUUGGCCCUGAGGUGCCUUGGUUCUGCAGUUUACUGGGCCAGGGCUCUGCUCCUCUCCUCCUGGGUGACAUCGCAGUCUGAUGGGGGAAGUUUUGGUUACUGCUGUUUCCCUACACCUGCACAUCUGUACACCUGAGGGCUUAAAUGCCUGAUGGUGCCUUUUUAGGAUAAGGUAUCACCAUAGAAUUGUAGUGGAAAUGUUGGGUAGCAAAGAUGGGGUGUGUUCAUGUGUAAGUAGGGAGAAGGUGUAGGGUGUGUGGCUUUUUGGUUUACUUUGAUGCUGAUGAGUGUUCUCAGGUGGCUGGGUCGUGUGCCCCUCUUAUUGAGUAUAUGCUGACAUUCUUGCUCUGAAGAGUGUUGGAGGGAGGCACCGACUGCUGGGUGCUGCUUGGUAACUUGAUGAGCCUGAGCAGUAUUGCUGCCUCCUUGUGCAAGUAUGUUUUAAACCCUGCCUUUUGUUGUGGAGGCAGUGGUAAAGCCAGGGUCAUACCUGGGAAGUUAAAGUUAGGCCCCUGCACAGUCGAGGGAGGCGGUCUGCUGAGGCUUUCUUGAGCAGCAGCUAUAACAGCUGGAAAUGCAGUCAUGUUACAGAGCACAAGGAAGAGCACCUCCAGUCAGUUCCACAGGACAGACCCUCUACCAGGCCUGGGGCUUGGGAGUGAGUCUUCUUUCUGGUCAUGGGGCUCUGGUCCAUCUGAGACUGCAUGUAACAUUGUACUUGUGGCACCACGCCUCCACAGUGGUGCCUCUGCCUGCCAGGGCCAAGCCAGCCCAGAUGCCAGCAGAGUCGGACAGGAUCAUUUUCCCAACGUUACUGCUUCUUCACUGUACCCUCUGGAAAGGUUUGCUCAGGAGAUGUGUGGAGGGAGGUUCAACAAGACCUGCCCCGAGCAACUGGGAAAGGCACAGGUGUGCCACAGUGCAGCAGGGACCUCUUGUCCUUCAUCACACUCGCUGUUUCUAAUAUGACUUUCCAGAAAGUGUGGUUAUGUUCUGUCUUAUAGAAAGUGAAAUAUAAAUAAAUUUCAUAAUUUAUCCAACCAGUAA